AUCUCACCCACCCACAAUCCUCCUCGAGUAACUGGAGCUCAACAUAAAAAGAGACCUCCUUUUUUUUGUUAUCUCUGAGAAGCCACCAGACUAGGUGAGAAGCCAGAGCUUUUCAUCUUGAUGGAAUUGGACCACCAGGUACUUUUUCCUAGUCUUUCUUUGUCUGGUAGCUCCACUGAAGACUGUCCACCAUGGGUGACCCUGCUGGUAUUUGAAAUAUCUGUGGCAUAGCUUCCAAUAUCACAGCAACGUCCAAGCCACCAUAGUGUGAGAAACUGACUGAUGAGUGAUUGUUCUUCUGAUUCAUCAUUGGGAAGUGGCUGCCAGAAGAAGUGCAAGAGUGAGAGUGAGAGAAAGAAGAAGGGCUGGAAGACAAAGGGGUUGAAUUUGUAGUCUGAUCUUGCUGAUGGGCUCCACCAUGGGGGACAAGUGUGAAGAAAAAAUGCACCUGCUGCUGCUCGUCUCCUUCCUCUUCUGGCAUCUAGGCUGUUCCGCCAUGUGGGGUCCAAAUGUGAUCAGUGGCCCAGAGGGAAACUCAUUGACUGUGCUGUGUCAUUAUGACCCAGGAUGGGAGACCCACUACAAGUGGUGGUGUCGAGGAGCUGUUUGGAGUAGCUGCAAAAUCCUUGUUAAAACUACUGGAUCAGAGCAGGAGGUGAAGGAAGGCCAUGUGUCCAUCAGGGACAAUCAUAAACAACGCAUAUUCACUGUGACCAUAGAGAAGGUCACAGAAGAUGAUGCAGAUUUGUACUGGUGUGGGAUUGAGCGAGUAGGAACUGACCUUGGAGUCCUGGUUAAAGUGUCAAUUGACUCAGACCAAGAAUUUGAUCCCAUAAAUUUGAAAGUCAAAAAUCAGAAAGGGAAGCUGAAUGCUGUCAUUGUGAACUGCCAGUCUUCCCUGGAAGCCAAUGGAAAUAUUACCGCCCUGACCUCUGCUCCCAUGAGACUGACACAUAUUUCUCGAGGAGAUGAUUUACGUGCUAUCCUUCUAAACUGCCAUCCUACCCUGACGAUCAAUGGGGAAAAAACCGACCCAAACUCCGCCAACAUGGAUUUAAAAGACAUUAAUCUAGAAGGGGAGCAGCGUUUUGUCUUUGGGAGCUGCCAGCCUCCUCUAGAAGACAGUGGGAAAAUUACUGACCCGAACUCUGCUUCCAUGUAUUUGACAGUCAUUCCUGAAAAAGGGAAACCACGUGCUGUCAUUGUGAGCUGCAAGCCUCUCCUGGAAGCCAACUGGAAAAUUUUCGCCCCAACGUGUGCUCCCAUGAAUUUCAUACUCAUUUAUCAAGAAUCAGUGCCAUAUACUCUCAUUAUGAACUGUCAGCAUCCCAAGGAAAUCAAUAGGAAUAUUACCGCCCUGACCUCUGCUCCCACGGAUUUUACAGUCUUUACUGAUACUCCAGAAGUGAAGCCGCAUUCUGUCGUUGUGACCAGCCAGCCUCCCCUGGAAACCAAUGGGAGAACUACUGCCUCAACCUAUGCUCCCAUGGAUGUGACAGUUAUUACUGCAGAAGGAAAGCAGCAUGCUGUCACUGUGAGAAGGAAUCCUGCCCAGAAAGACAAUGGGAAAAUUAACAAGAACAACAGUAAGGAGGUCCAGACUUCAGUGGACAUUUGGAGGAAUGGGGGCAGAGCUCGGGCUUGGAAACAGUUGAACAAUAUAUGGAACCAUGGAACCAAAAAGGACAUUGCACAAAUGGCUACCCAACUACUUCAGGAGGUGGUAGUGACCACUUGGAAUGAGAUUUUUGCUUCUCCAGGAAAGCAUGAAAAUCCUGAGCUUGGUAUAGCCUAUGAAACCAAUAGAUGCAAUGAGACAAGUAAGAGAAUAAUUUUGGAAGCUGGAAAUAACACAAUGGAUAUUGACUGCACCCAUGCUUUCAAAGAAACCACAAGAGGUCAGAGGGAUUUUGCACUGAUAGUCUAUCGAACUCUUGGGGAUAUUGUCAAUGGAUCCUUUUUUAGUGGCAGAAAAGGACUGCAGGAUGUGAAACUGAAUUCUUUUGUCGUGAGUGGCACCAAUGAUUCGGAGAAAAAAAUUUACCUGUCCAAACCUGUGUUCCUGACCUUGAAACAUACUCAGCCUGUUGGUGCGAGAACAAAACAUUUGUGUGCAUCCUGGGAAGGAUCGAAGGAGGGGGGCAGGUGGUCGACGAAGGGUUGUUCUCAUAUGGGCAGCAACGAUUCUCACACCACAUGCCAGUGCUUCCAUCUGCCAAGCUUUGCUGUUCUCAUGGCUCUUACACCCAAGGCAGAUUCGGCGUUGGCUGUGAUCACCUGCGUGGGGCUGAGCCUCUCUCUGCUGUGCCUCCUCCUGGCAGCCUUCACCUUCCUUCUGUGCCGGUCCAUCCAGAACACUAGCACCUCGCUCCACCUGCAGCUCUCAUUCUGCCUCUUCCUGGCCCACCUGCUAUUUCUAGUGGGGAUUGAUAAAACUGAGCCUGAGGUGCUGUGCUCAGUCAUUGCCGGGGCGCUGCACUACCUCUACCUGGCCUCCUUCACAUGGAUGCUUCUGGAAGCCCUGCAACUCUUCCUGACCGUAAGGAACUUCAAGGUGUCCAACUACACCAGUGAAGGCAGAUUCAAGAAGAAUUUCAUGUACCCUUUUGGCUAUGGGAUCCCAGCUGUGAUUGUGGCUGUGUCAGCAGGCGUUGGACACAAAAAUUAUGGAACAAAUACUCACUGCUGGCUGAAGCUUGAUAAAAGCUUUAUCUGGAGCUUCAUGGGGCCGGUGGCCACCAUUAUCUUGAUAAACUUGGUGUUCUACUUCAUAAUUCUGUGUAUUUUGAAAAGCAAAGUUUCUUCCCUCAGUAAAGAAGUUUCCACAGUUCGGAACACCAGAGUCAUGACAUUUAAAACCAUUGCUCAGCUAUUUAUCCUGAGCUGUUCUUGGAUCCUUGGUUUUUUUAUGGUUGAAGCAGUGGGGACGACGGCUGGAUUAGUCAUUGCCUACAUAUUCAUCAUCAUCAAUGUCCUGCAGGGAGUUUUGCUCUUCGUGUUAUACUGUCUCCUUAAUCAUCAGGUGCGAAUGGAAUACAAGAAAUGGUUCAGUGGGAUGCGGAAAGGGUUUGAAAUGGAAAGCACUGAGCUGUCUCACUCUACUACCCACACCAAAAUGGAGGAACCCGGAAAGUCAUCAGAGUUUGUACAAAGAAGAGACACCAAAAACACCACAUUCGCCCAACCAGAGCCGCCAACUCAUCUUGCCACUGUUUCUUCGCUGAAGACAGAGAAAUGAUCUGCCCAUCCAUGGUGCCCCCUUGUGGUCACGCGUAGUUUGGACAAAUGCCACCAUGUGUAUCUCUUCGCUGUGAAAAGUCGACUCCUUCCUUUAUUUUGUCCUCUUGCUCCCUAGAAAGAAUGGGACACAUGCAGAAUUCUUACAGCCAGCAUCCGAUAUUGGGUCAUGAGCCAUUAAAAGUGCUCAAGGGAUGCUGUUUUUUUUUGGCAUCUAAUUUGUUUUUAUUGUUGCUGAAAGUAUACACAGCAAAACAUAUGUCAAUUCCACAAUUUCUACAUGUACAAUUCAGUG